CAUAAAAGUGCUUUCCAGAGGUGUAAGAAGUGAUAAGAUCUUGUACUUGAGUAAAAGUACAAGUACCAGAGUGUAGAAAUACUCAAGUAUAAGUACUAAAGUAUUAGCAUCAGAAUAGUACCUGAAUAACUAUAAGCUGUUUUUUUUGCUUUCAUUUCAGACCUCGUGUUUUAGUGUGCUCUGGAGGCACACAGAACAAUAUAGAGGAGUACCCGCAGUUGAAGGGUUGGCUACCAGGUGAGUUCAGAUACCACGUGUGCCAGUAUGAAGAGGUGGUUUCACUGGGGGACCACACUGGUUUUGAGGCCACUUUGAGGCUGGAUGUCCACACUGUGGAACAGGUCAAGGAGUGGGUACAAAAGCUGAAGGGGUCAUCAGGGGUGACAUGGAGGGUGGAUGUUACCCGACCCAGGUUGGGGAAGCGGGUGCUUUUCAAAGCAAGUUAUAAGUGUCAGCAUAGGGUGAACCCGAGAGCAGCCAAAAGCAGCAAGAACACCUGCUGUCAAGCAAAAAUGCACACGACACUCAAGAGUACUCGUGGGGAAAUGAAGACCGAAGACCCACACAUGCCUGACCUACCAUUUAAGGUUAUUCUAAUAAACAGGCACAACCACAAUCUUUUUGUUGCGGACGCCAUCCGCCACCGAGAUGUUGGGUUAAAGGCAAACAACAUACUCACAGGGCUCUUUGAAAUUGGCCACACUCCAACAUCUGCACUGGCGGUCCUGAAACACGACCUCCAAAUGGAGUAUGGGCAGCGUUAUGUGUACGUGUCGGCCAACAGGGAGAUUUGCCCCGACCUGCCUUAUGUACAGAGACUGUUCCACAAGGUGUGUAGGGAGGAGUAUGGCACGCAAACAGGUCCCACGAUGUUGGCAGCGCUCAAGCUUCAAGUGGAGAGUUACAACAAUAAGUGUAAUGACACCUGUGCUCUCCUGGGAACAACUUCCCAGGGAGCUCCUCUUGUGGUUGUGUGUUCUCCACUCAUGAAGAAAGUGCACCAACUGAAGCACAGUGGGGAGCUGUGCUUCAUAGAUUCCUCAGGGAAUAUGGACAGGGAGAACUGCAGGGUAUUCCUCCUCCUGACCCACAGCUGUGCAGGUGGCCUCCCUCUGGGCAUUCUCCUCUGCCAGUCUGAGGAUGAGCAGACUAUUGCUCAAGGGCUGGAACAGCUCAAACAAGUUGUUGGAGAGAAGGGCUUUGCUGGCAGAGGACACGAAGGGCCACAACUGGUCAUCACAGAUGACUGUAGGGCAGAGAGGGGAGCUCUGGGAAAAGCAUUUCCUAAGGCCACACUUCUCCUGUGCUCCUUCCAUCUGCUACAAGCAGUUUGGAGGUGGCUGUGGAGCAAGGAGAGUGGGGUCACUCACGGAGACAGACCGGCACUUUUUGCCAUUGUAAAAGAGAUGCUUUACUGUCAGGAGAUAGGCAGUGUGGAUAGGCUUUACAGCGAGGCAAGAGGGCAUCCAGUUGUAGCCAGGUAUGAAAAGUUCCUCAGGUACUUGGACCGACUGUACGCCAGAAGAGAGUGUUGGGCCCUCAGUUAUAGAGGCAGUUUCCUCACCAGAGGAAACAAUACCAACAAUUUUGCAGAAGCGGCAAUGCGUGUCCUCAAGGACAAAAUACUGCAGAGGACAAAGGCCUUCAACCUUCCUCAGCUGUUUGAUCUGCUGACCUCGAGGCUGGAGACCUAUUAUGAGGCACGCAUUGUUGAUGUUGCCCUUGGACGCUGGGAAUCAUUCCAGCGAGCAAAAUUCCUCCCCCAAGAUGGCAACAUUGCAGCAUUGCAUAUUCAGCAGAUUGAGGACAAGAAGUUUGUGGACAAACAGGAGCGCCUUGCAAACACCAGGCAGCAGUGA